AUGAUAAUAGAGACGGUCUCUGAGAUGUAUAGGAAGCGUCCGUCGUGUCCCAAUGCAAACGCAAAGCCAUCCAAUGAUUGCAUAAAUGGCCAAACAUUACCACCGCUGGAGACAUUGCCCACAGACUCGUCGUCUACGGGGUUGUCGGGCGUGAAUGGCAUGAAUAUGUCGAGUAUAUACAGUCCGUUCGAUGAGUGCUGUUUGAAUAGCGCCAACAAUAGUCUCGACGAUCCCAAUGUGGUCUAUAUCGGAGCCGUUGCCCUAAAUAUGGACAACGAGUGUCAAGUGGUCUGUCAGAUACAGAUUCUUCAGUCAUUUUCGUUGGCUAUUGGUCCCUUUUUGUAA